AGAGAAACAAGAACUAGAAACAACUCACUACUGCAAGUAUUUGUAUACAAGUCUGUGUUUUGAGGUGUUACUUUAUUUAUCUUCCUCCCUACUCCAACGUCCGUCCCUGUCCACUGACUGUGUGUGUGCGUCCGACCUCUGUAGGAGUCUGGCCUGAAGGUGAAUCACCCAGCAUCCUUUGCGGUGCGUCUGAAUGGAGCGCAGGGGAAGAUGGAGGCCAAGGUCCACAGCCCCUCUGGUGCUCUGGAGGAGUGUGCCGUCACCGAGCUGGAGAAAGACAAGUAUGCGAUCCGGUUCAUCCCCAGGGAGAACGGCGUCCACACCAUCGACGUCAAGUUUAACGGCUCCCACAUCCCGGGAAGUCCUUUCCAGGUCCGAGUCGGGGAACCAGGACAGACGGGAGAGCCGAGUCUGGUCACGGCGUACGGAGCUGGACUGGAGAGAGGCACGACAGGUACCCAGUCAGAGUUCAUCAUCAACAACACUAAGGCGGGCCCCGGGGCCUUGGCCGUGACCAUCGAGGGUCCCUCCAAAGUGAAGAUGGACUGUCAGGAGGUUCCAGAGGGCUACAAGGUGCAGUACACCCCCAUGGCUCCUGGGAACUACCUGAUCAGCAUCAAAUAUGGAGGACCCAACCACAUCGCUGGAAGUCCCUUCAAGGCUAAAGUCUCAGGUCCACGGUUGGUGACGGUGACCAACGCCAGCGAGACGUCGACCCUGACGGUGGAUCCGGCCGUGCGGGCGUCCAGCAGCAGCAGCCUCGCCCAGAGCAUCAUGCCCAGGCCGAGCGACUCGGACGCCAGCAAGGUGCUGAGCCGAGGCUCCGGCCUCAGCAAGGCCUUCGUGGGCCAGAGGAGCAGCUUCUCUGUCGACUGCAGCAAGGCCGGUAAGAACAUGCUGCUGGUGGGCGUGCACGGUCCUCAGGUUCCCUGUGAGGAGGUGCUGGUCAAACACUUGGGCAACCUGCAGUACAACGUCGGCUACCUGCUGAGGGAGCGGGGCAAUUACGUCCUGGUGGUCAAGUGGGGAGACGACCACAUCCCGGGCUCCCCCUUCCACGUCGUCGUCCCAUGAUGCACCACGAAACCCGCUUUGCAUCCCUGUUUGAGUUGAAGUGGACACAUCAGCUGCAAUGAGCAAGUUGCUUAACAAAGCUUUUUCAGUUCAAAUCGGAUGCUUUAAGGAGGUUCUGCCCCGACAUGAUUUACUGUAGAUGUUGAAAAGUGACUCGACCUUCAUGUUUUUAAAAACCCUUAAAGUUGAAGGGGACAGAAAAUUAACACGUCAGUGAAUUGAGACGGUCUGAGGGGAAAACCGAGGGAUGACAUCACCUGAUUAGAGGAGGAGAUAUCAUCAGAUUUUUGCUGCCCUGAAAUUAUUAAUUCACAAAUCUUGCACUUGAGGAGUUUUUUUAAAACUCGCUUGGUAAAUUAAAGUUUGCAGUUUUACUGAAGAAGUUAGUUCGUGAGAAUGUCGGCACGCAACAGCUCGGUUUUGGAAAAGUGGAGCCAAACUUUUAUUUUUAAAUGUUACUGAUUAGGAAUAAAGGAGCCAAACGAAGUUUCUCUGAUCCAACCUGGUGCCACGAGGAGAAGCCAGUAAUAACCAAAAUAAAAGUGCGGAGAAUGAAACAAA